CCAAUGGCAGGCGGCGCCGGCGCCCAUCCCGUCCCGGCGCUGGGUUUCAUUUUCCGAGAAACGGGACCGGGACCGGCUCCGGGACCGGAGAGGGGCCGGGAGGGUCGCGGGCACUGACCGGGGACGAUGGGCGCCGGCCGCCGCCUCCUGGAGUCGCUGCGCCCCGAGCGCUGGCGCUGCGCGGUGGUGGCGGCGCUGAUGGGGGCCUCGUCGCUCGGGGAGAUGGCCAUCCCCUACUACACGGGGCGCGCCAGCGACUGGGUGGCCCGCGAGGACGAGCUGGCGGCCAUCUGGCCCAUGGUGCUGCUGGGGCUGAGCAGCGCCGUCACCGAGCUGGCCUGCGACAUCGCCUUCGUGGGGACGCUGAGCCGCGUGCACGGCCACCUGCAGCACCGCCUCUUCGCUGCCGUCCUCCGCGGGGACAUCGCCGAGCUGCGGGACGAGGGGGCCGGGGAUGUGGCGGCACGGGUGACGGGGGACGUGGAGGCCACCCGUGAGGCCCUGGGCGAGGCGCUGAGCCUGCUGCUGUGGUACCUGGCGCGGGGCAUCUGCCUCUUCAGCACCAUGGCCUGGCUGUCCCCGCGCAUGGCCCUCGUCACCGCCCUGGUGCUGCCCUUCCUCCUGUUGCUGCCCAGGGCCAUCGGCAGGCUCCAGCAGGGCCUGGCUCCAAAGGUGCAGAAGGCGCUGGCCCACGCCAGCGAGGUGGCAGUGGAGACCUUCCAGGCCAUGGCCACUGUGCGCAGCUUCGCCAACGAGGACGGGGUGGCCGCACGCUACCGCCAGUGCCUGCACAAGACCCACCAGCUGGAGAAGCAGGAUGCAGUCCUCUACGCCGUCUCUGCCUGGACCAGUGGUUUCUCAGCGCUGGCCCUGAAGAUGGGGAUCCUCUACUACGGGGGACAGCUGGUGGCCGCGGGGACCAUCAGUACCGGGGACCUCGUCACCUUCCUCCUCUACCAGUUGCAGUUCACUGAUGUCGUGGAGGUCCUGCUCCGCUACUACCCCACGCUGACGAAGGCUGUGGGCUCCUCGGAGAAGAUCUUUGAGUUCCUGGACCGGGAGCCACAGGUCGCACCCUCGGGGACACUAGCACCCAGUGACCUGCGGGGCCACCUCCAGCUUGAGGACGUCUGGUUCUCCUACCCUGGGCGCCAGGAGCCUGUCCUCAAGGGUGUGUCCCUGGAGCUGCGCCCCGGGGAGGUGCUGGCACUGAUGGGGCCCCCGGGCGCGGGGAAGAGCACCCUGGUGUCCCUGCUGCUGCGCCUGCACCAGCCCACGGCCGGGCGCCUGCUCUUGGACGGCCAUCCCCUCAGCGCCUACCGCCACUCCUACCUGUGCCACCGGGUGGCCACCGUCCCCCAGGAGCCGGUGCUCUUCGCCCGCUCACUCCACGCCAACAUCGCCUAUGGGCCAGAGAGCUGGAGCCGGGCACAGGUGACAGCGGCAGCCCGCCGGGUGGGUGCCCACAACUUCAUCACCCGCCUGCCCCGAGGCUAUGACACAGAGGUGGGUGAGCUUGGGGGACAGCUCUCCGGGGGACAGCGGCAAGGGGUGGCCAUCGCCCGUGCCCUGGUGCGGGACCCUCACAUCCUUGUCCUUGAUGAGCCCACCAGUGCCCUGGACGCUGAGUGCCAGCAGCAGGUGGAGCGGGAGCUCUUCGAGGACAGCGGGACCAGGCGCACGGUGCUGCUGGUGACAGGGCAGGUGGCCCUGGCAGCACGGGCACACCAGGUGGCCCUGAUGGAGGGAGGGCAGGUAUGCGAGCAGGGCCCCCCCAGCAAGCUGCUGCGCCCCGGCAGCCGCUACUGGCACCUGCUGCAGGAUGGGGGACGCCAGGGGACAUUGGGGGAUGGGGACAAGGGCACAGGGAGUGGGGAUGAGGGACAGCAGGAGCCAGGGAUGGGGACGGUACAAGCCAGGAUGGAGACAUCAGGGGAUGGAGACACGAGGAGCUGGGAUGGGGACACUGGGAGCCAGGAUGGUGACACUGAGAGCUGGGAUGGUGACAUGAGGGCCAGGGAUGGGGACACCAAGGGCAGAGGUAUAGGUGGGGACACUACUACCCCUUGGGAUGGAGACACCAGGAGCUAGGACGGGGACACCAAGGGCAGAGAUGGGGACCCAAGGAGCAGUGACAAGGGACCAUGAGACAUGGGCACCAAGCCAGACAAUGCUGCAGUGUCCCUGCUGCAUGGCCAUGACCAGGGCAGCCACUGGAUGAACUGGGGUAUCACCGGGUGCCACCGGGUGCCAUCAAGGUUGGCGGCCGGCAGGGACGGCCAUGUGACACAGAGCGUUAAUAAAUCUUUGUGUUUGUA